AUGACUGUUCGGUCCACCACAGACAGCACGCCCGCGGCCGGCAUUGACUCUGCCUCCUCCUCCACCUCCCCCAUGACUACCCCAUCCCCUUUCGUAACGCUCAUCUCCUCAGACGGCUUCGAGUUCCACGUCCGCCGAUCCGCUGCCUGCGUCUCCGGCACCAUUCGCCGAAUGCUCAACACCAGGAGUAAUUUCUCCGAGUCAGUGACCGGCGUCUGCCAUCUCGAGAACCUGAACGCCAUGGUCUUGGAAAAGGUGGUUGAGUACCUCUACUACAACGAGAAACAUAAAGAGAGUAGGGAUGUGCCUGAUAUGGAAAUCCCAAGCGAGCUCUGUUUGGAAUUGCUGAUGGCGGCCGAAUAUCUGGAUACUUGA